GCGGAUCCUGAAAGCAUCUUCAGGACCAACAAGGUGACAGUCAGCUCUCAGGCAUCCAGCCCCUCCUGCCCUUUCGUCUCCUUCCUGCCUGCGAACCCCAGCCCAGCAGCAAAGAUGUGCAAAGGGCUGGCAGGGCUGCCCGCUUCCUGCUUGAGGAGCGCCAAAGGCAUGAAGCACCGGCUGGGGGCGCUGCUGCAGAAGUCGGACUCCUGUGAGCACGGCUCCUCUCACAGCAGGAAGGACAACCUGGUGGUCUGUCCCAGGGUGAGCCAAGAGGAAGUCAAAAAGUGGGCUGAGUCGCUGGAAAACCUGAUCAGCCAUGAAUGCGGGCUGGCGGCGUUCCGGGCGUUCCUGCAGUCGGAGCACAGCGAGGAGAACCUGGAGUUCUGGCUGCGCUGCCAGGAGUACAAGCUCACCCCCGCGCCCUCGCAGCUGCGCCCCAAGGCCCUGGAGGUCUACGCGGAGUUCAUCUCGGCCCAGGCGGCCCAGGAGGUCAACCUGGACUCGGGCACCAGGGAGCAGACCCGCCGGAACCUGCUGGCGCCCACCGCCAGCUGCUUUGACGACGCCCAGAGGAAGAUCUUCCAUCUGAUGGAGAAGGACUCCUACCGCCGCUUCCUCAAGUCCCGCUUCUACCUGGAGCUGGCCGACCCUUCUGGCCGCGGGUCUGAGAAGCAGAAAGGGGCCAAGCGCCCGGCGGACUGCCCCCCGCUGGCCCCCCACUGCUCCUAACCCUCGCCCGGGGGCUGCUGGCUGGACUGCUUGGGGACUGCCCCGGGCCGGGGCCCACACUGCCCCGUGCGCACUACAUGUAGUCUGUCCCGCUCAUCAGAAAGCCUCCCUCACUGUCCGUGUUCCCCCAGGGCCGUUCUCCGCUCACCAGUUUGGCCCCAGGGUGGCGGGCAGGUGGGUCCACAUCCUGUGACGUCCACGGGCUCCUGGGACUCUGAGACGGGACCUCCUCCAUAGCUAGGCGUUUAGAUGAGGUUCAUCUAUUGUGUGUAUACGUGUGUGCAUGUAUGUACACGCAUGUGCACAUAUGUGUGAACGCACAAAUACACAUGUCCCUGUAGGAUGGACGGAGGGGCCAGGCGCUCACCACUAGUGUGAGGUGCUACACGCCUCAGCUCUAAGCCGCCUGGGACGGCCACAUGCUGGAAGGGAAGAAGCCCGGCAGCUCCGGAGCCGCACC